AUGGCUUCGAGAAACAGCACCAGGCCAGGCAUUGCUAAUGAUCAUGAUGAUGAAGACAUGGCUAAAGCUCUUGCUUACAUAGAGCACAUGCUUUUGGAUUACCAUGAUGAGUUGGAAGAAGAUGGGCAUGCAGAAGAAAAUGAGCAACUAGCAUUGAAAAUCCAAGAAUUUGAAGCAUUCUUACUAGGCACAGAAGCCAUUGCUGCAACACAAGAAGAACAAGAACAACCACAACCAGAACAAGGUUCCUUCUUCUAUGGAAACUAUGCUGUCCCGCUAGUCCCGAGCCUUCAAGAACCUGCUGCCCUGCAUGCCCAAGAAGCCAUUGCAGCACAACAAGGCAUGCCUAUACUACUACAGGAACCAGGACUAGGUUCCUACUACGGAAUUCCCAACUUUGUCCCUCAUCAUCAUCUCCCACCAUUCCCAAGCUUCCAACCCUCAAUUCAAUUUCAAGAACCUGCAGCCUCACAUGCCCUGCAAGCCCAAGAAGCCAUUGCUGCAGCACAAGGCAUGCCUCAACUACCACAACAACUAGAACUAGGAUCUUUCCACCGAAUUGGAACCUAUGUGCCUCGUGAUUUCCCAGAAAUCCCGAGUCUCCAACGCUUAAUUCAAUUUCAAGAACAACCAGAACUAGAACUGGGUUCAUUUGAUGGAACUGGCAACUAUGUCCCUCCUGCUCUCCCACCAGUCCCAAGCCUCCGAAACUUGAUUCAAAUAUGCAGCAAGCCUUUUCAUAAGUUCUUGUCAAACUAUGAUGUGACAACACAAGCAUUAAAGCUGAUGAAAUGUGACGUAGAAAGGCCCGUCUGGCCAUUGUUGAAUGGCGAUGAAGAUCUUAUACAAGGCAUCUGGCUCAAAAUGUAUGACAUUGCUGGUAAUGAGUACAGUGUGCAGUUCAAGACCGCAGGAGUUCAAAAAAUUCAUAUGCUUACUGGUCCAGAUUGGCAAUAUUUUGUUCGACGUCAUCGCCUGGUACGGUACAAAGAUGUUACCCUGUGGGCGUUCAGGAAUGCCCAAACUGGAAAGCUAUGUUUUGUGAUCACUUUGGGAAGGCUGCCCUUAUUUUAA